AUGGGCGACUCGAGAAAAUGGACCUGUGAAUAUUGUACGUAUUUGAAUUGGCCAUCUGCUGUAAAAUGUACCCUCUGCAGAGCCCCCAAGCCAUUGCAUAUCAUUCCUCCAGAAACUAGCAGCAGUCGACCAGACGUAAGUUCCUCAUCGUCCCCUCUUAUAUGCGACAAAACACAGGUGUGUGAAAAUGAAAACAACAAACCAGGUGCAUCGAGAUGGUCUUGCAAGUCGUGUACCUACCUGAACUGGCCCAAAGCCAUAAAUUGUAUGCAGUGCCACAGCCCUAAAGGUGGGAAUAUAAUUGCCAACGAAAGUGGCAGCCCGCGUUCAUCUACACGAAGAAAACCACCGACUUCACCUGACAGCGAUAAAAGCAGAUCACGAAUGAUGAAAUGGAAUUGCAGUGCUUGUACUUAUGACAACUGGCCCAGAUCGAAAAAAUGCGUUCUAUGCCACACUGCCCGGGAUAAGAUAAAAACUGACGCUGAACAAGCCAGUACAUCAUCUGAUUAUGAUGAUAAUAAACGUAACAUUGGUAACGGAAUUACAAAAACCUCACCAACAUUGCCCACUCCGAUAGGGGCAAGUGGAAUACAAACCAUUGAACUUGCGGCUGCUGCUGGAAUUGCUUCUGCCAGUAGUAGUGGUACUACUACUACUAGUAGUAGUAGUAACUAUGAAGAAGAUAAGGAACACCGUAGAGUAAAGCUACGCAAACGAAUGCGUAAAUCAGACUGGUUAUUUUUAAAUGCGUGUAUUGGUGUUGUUGACAAUGACAUUCAAGCAGUAGAAGCAUACCUCACUUCUGGCGGUGAUCCAGGUCGUCAACUCACCCAGGAUGAAAUAAAUCUAUUGAACAGGACAAGUGCUUUUGAUGUCGGUUUCACACUGGUGCAUCUUGCGAUACGAUUUCAACGGGAAGAUUUGUUGUCGGUUCUACUGACACCAGACGUUGCUAGCCAUGCUUUGAAAAGGAUGCCAUGUCAUGUGAGUUCAGAUCUGGCUACCGAUAUACGUAGAGAUAUCGCUGUAUCAUUGCGACAGAGAAAAGGAGAUUUUCCUUGUUGUUUUGUCACUGACUGUGUUACGUUUACUCUUCCUGUUGAAAUUGAAGAUUUUCCCUUACCAGUACGAAAUCAGCUGUUUGAUGAAAUUCUCGAUAGAGAUGUACAAAAAGAACUGGAGCAAGAAUCACAUAUUAUAAACUGGAGUAUGGAACUCAGCGAAAGACUUGGUAGUCGCUUGUAUUCGCUGUGGAAUAGAACCGCAGGUGAUUGUUUAUUAGAUUCUGUUUUACAAGCCACAUGGGGUAUCUUUGAUCAGGACAAUACAUUAAGAAGAGCUUUGAGUGAAAGUCUGAAUGAAGGUGCUGCAAGAUUCUACGUAAGGUGGAAAGACUACGAGACGAUUCAAGCUGAGAACCUGGAGUAUUCUUUGGAUGAGGAACAGUGGCAGCAAGACUGGGCAAUUAUGCUGAGUCUAGCUAGUCAACCUGGAGCACCUUUAGAGCAAACACAUAUCUUUGCAUUAGCCCAUAUACUAAGAAGACCUAUCAUUGUCUAUGGUGUUAAAUUUAUAAAGAGUUUUAGAGGAGAAACUCUUGGAUAUGCAAGAUUCCAAGGUGUCUAUCUUCCACUUCUGUGGGAGCCAGGUUUCUGUUGGAAAAGUCCUAUUGCAUUAGGCUAUACCCGUGGUCAUUUCUCUGCCCUAGUUUCCAUGGAUACAGACACCGACAGUAAUUUAGGCGCUGGUGCUUAUGUCGAUAGUAUUGAUGAUGUACAAGUGACGUACUUACCACUGACUGAUAACGAGGGUAAACUUCUGCCUGUUCAUUUCAUAGCAACACCUGAGGUUGGAACGGAAGAGAGAUUGUACCAUGAUUGGAUGGACUGCAUGGUGACUGAAGGUGGCAAUCUCGUCGCUCAACAAAUAAUUCACAAACGAAAACGACCAGUGCAAGUCAGUCAGAUGUUAGAAGAGUGGCUAGAAAGAUAUCGUAAGAUGACAAGGCGACAGUGAUUCAAGCAGACGUCUCUCGG